AUGAUAUCAGAUAAGGAACUUUAUGAAAUCAACAAAAAGGCUGUUUCUGAGGGAUUCAAAAUCAAGCCAAGACUCAACUACAACACUGUAGGCGGUGUGAAUGGACCCUUGGUUGUUCUGGACAAAGUCAAGUUCCCUCGUUACAAUGAAAUCGUUAACCUUACAUUACCAGAUGGUACGGUUAGACAAGGUCAGGUUCUUGAAGUGAGAGGUGAACGUGCCAUUGUGCAAGUGUUCGAAGGUACUUCGGGUAUUGACGUCAAGAAGACGACCGUCGAGUUCACGGGCCAAAACUUGAGAAUUCCCGUAUCUGAGGACACGCUAGGGAGAAUAUUUGAUGGAUCUGGUAGGCCGAUCGACAAUGGUCCCAAAGUUUUCGCUGAGGACUAUUUGGACAUUAACGGUUCUCCCAUCAACCCUUUUGCCCGUAUUUAUCCCGAGGAAAUGAUUUCCACUGGUAUCUCUGCCAUUGACACUAUGAAUUCCAUUGCGCGUGGCCAGAAGAUUCCUAUCUUCUCUGCCUCCGGUCUUCCUCACAACGAAAUUGCGGCCCAGAUUUGUAGGCAAGCUGGUCUUGUAAGACCCACAAAAGAUGUGCAUGAUGGUCACGAAGAGAAUUUCUCGAUUGUUUUUGCCGCUAUGGGUGUGAAUUUGGAAACUGCCAGAUUUUUCAAACAAGAUUUUGAAGAGAACGGGUCUCUGGAGAGGACUUCUUUGUUUUUGAAUUUGGCGAAUGAUCCUACUAUCGAGAGAAUUAUCACUCCUAGACUUGCUCUAACCACUGCUGAAUAUUUGGCUUAUCAGACGGAACGUCAUGUCUUGACGAUUUUGACCGAUAUGUCUUCUUAUGCGGAUGCUCUAAGAGAAGUCUCUGCCGCCAGAGAAGAAGUUCCCGGUAGAAGAGGUUACCCAGGUUACAUGUACACAGAUUUGUCCACCAUCUACGAGAGAGCCGGUAGAGUCGAAGGACGUAAUGGUUCGAUCACUCAGAUUCCGAUCUUGACAAUGCCUAAUGACGAUAUCACUCACCCUAUUCCUGAUCUUACAGGUUACAUCACGGAGGGACAAAUUUCGGUCGAUCGUCAAUUGCACAACAAGGGUAUUUACCCACCUAUCAACGUGCUACCUUCCCUUUCAAGACUGAUGAAGUCUGCUAUCGGUGAGGGUAUGACUAGAAAGGACCACGGUGAUGUUUCCAAUCAAUUAUACGCCAAAUAUGCCAUCGGUAGGGAUGCUGCUGCGAUGAAAGCGGUGGUCGGUGAAGAAGCUUUGUCCAUUGAGGAUAAACUUUCUCUGGAAUUCUUGGAGAAGUUUGAGAAAACCUUCAUUUCUCAAGGAGCAUAUGAGGACAGAACCGUUUUCGAAAGUUUAGAUCAAGCGUGGUCCCUAUUGAGAAUUUAUCCAAAGGAAAUGUUGAAUAGAAUCUCUCCAAAGAUUCUGGACGAAUUCUACGACAGAAGCAGGGAUGAAGAAGAAGAGGAAGAGGAAGAAGAUCAAGACAAAAAGCCUCAGGAAGACUCCUUGAUUUGA